AUGGAACUCCGCACUUACCAACUUGAGGUUCUCGCCAAGAUACGGGAGUUCAAGUCGACGGUGGCCUUCAUGCCGACAGGCUCGGGGAAAACCCUGGUAGCUGUCUGGCUACUGCGUGAGCGGAUAGCACUGCAACAGAGGGAUGUUGCCGAUGGGCAGGCCAAAAAGAUAUGUGUCUUUAGCGCGCCGAACAAGGUCCUAUGCCACCAGCAAGCUGACUACAUUGGCAGUAACAUUGGCGAUGACCAGAGGUGCAGGAUACGCGUCCUCACUGGUGAGACUCCGAGGAUUGACAAUUGGUGUAGCACGGAGUGGAAAGAUAUUUUGGCGAGUGUCGAAGUGAUCGUCUGCGUGCCGGAAAUCCUUCGCCGUGCGCUGGCUUGUAAUUUUGUGGAUUCUGGCUCGAUCGACACGUUGAUUUUCGAUGAGUGUCAACACUGUGUGUCCAAGAAGGGCGUAGCAGCGGGCACCCUUAUNNNNCCCCCGAACGUUCGCAGUUUCAUUCAGCGUCGUGGACGGGCGCGCAAGAUCAGACCGACCGAAAUCUGA